AUGAGUACCGACCGCCCAGUAUCGUCGUUAACGCGAUUAUUGCACGAGUCGUUGCUGACCGGCGGUACGCCUGCGCAGACCCCCGGUGAUACUCCGACCACUUCCAAAGUCGGAUCUUUAUCGGGGUCCCGAACGUCACUUUCAGAUUUGAAUUCCGACCAUUUAACGGUACCCAAUCCGAACCAUGAUAAUAAUAAUUCCGAGGGUUUAAACGAUGAUAGUGCGGCCGAAAAGAUUGAUGGGUUUGAGUCACCGCGAGCCGCCACGUUUUCUCUUGGAAGCCACAGUAACCGGAAUGCUGUCCGGAGCCCGAGAAUGAAUCGAAACAAUUCGAUGUCACACCUGUUUUUCACCGGAAAUGAGUCAUUAUCGUCGUCGAUUCCGUACUCUGCACCCGGGGGCAGACUGCAUGCCCAAUCGGUUGGUUCAACCACCGGAUCUGUCCCAGGAUCCACCGGAUCCACAGGAUCUGCCACCGGCCACACCAUCGGAUCUACCGCAAAUUCCGGUGCCAUCGCUGCACCCCACGAUUCUCUCGGAACUAACAUCAACCUAUCAUCUUCCGUCGACCAUAUCCCCAAUCUUCCCAAUGGCCAGCCCAUAUCCUCCAUCUACAUCCAGUCACCCCAGGUCCAUUCGUCACUGAUUGAACCUCGAUUUGUUGUUUCAAAACAAAGAGUUGCACAGGCUCAAGCAGCAUCUUUUGGUCUGUCACAACAACGGUCCGGUUCCCAAUCUGGGCUUCUGUUCUUCUUUUCGCUGAAAAACAAGCUGGUUCCGAAACGAGACUCGUCCACAGACCUCGGAUCUUUUUACAACAAUUCUUAUAACGAAAAUGCCGUUGCAAGUUCCCCAUCUUCUCUCUCGUCUACAGAAUCUCAACAACAGCUGAUGCCCACCAGACACAAUUCCAUGGCCAAUUUGAAGCGGUUUUUCAAGAAAACCCCGACGCCAGCACGGGAGAUUCCUGCCUCUUCGAAUCUACUGGCUCUGCUUCGUGGAACCAAUGGAAGCUACGGGACCAGUUAUCCAAAUAACAGCGGAAGUUUUGUCAAUGGAAAUGGAGGUGGUUGGAAUGGAGGUUCAUUUGCCGGCGGCGCUACCCCCGGAUCUUUGACUGCAAGCUCUUCCAAUGCUUCAUAUUCUCAAAGUCCCGGUGGUGGAAUUUCGCGAUCUUCAUCCAUCAACAAUCUCUAUCCUGAACGGCGCCCGCUGGUGCUGACUCUUCUUAGCCCUCAGCAGCCUUUCUCCAAACGGUAUUCUAAAAUGGGUGAAAGUUUGGGAGCGGGAGCUGGAGGAUCUGUCAAUUUGGUCACCAGAUUGGCCGAUAAAAAGACGUUUGCCGUGAAAGAGUUCCGGGCCAAAUAUUCCAAUGAAACCAAGCGAGACUACGCCAAAAAGAUCACCGGCGAGUACUGUAUUGGUCUGACCCUCAAGCACCCCAAUAUCAUCGAAACCGUGGAAAUUUGCUACGAAAACGAGCGCAUUUUACAGGUGAUGGAAUACUGCGACUUUGAUCUUUUUGCAAUUGUCAUGUCCAACAAAAUGUCUCGUGAAGAAAUCAACUGUUGUUUCAAGCAAAUCCUUUCCGGGAUCAACUACAUCCACAGCAUGGGCUUGGCACAUCGAGACCUCAAGUUGGACAAUUGUGUCAUUGACACUCGCGGCAUAGUCAAGGUGAUUGACUUUGGUUCGGCGGUGGUUUUUUCGUAUCCAUUUUCGAAAACCUUGAUAGAGUCACUGGGAAUUGUUGGUUCGGACCCAUACUUGGCACCCGAGGUGUGUGUGUUCCACAAAUACGAUCCUCGUCCGGUAGACGUGUGGUCUGCGGCCAUCAUUUAUUGCUGUAUGAUGUUGAAAAAAUUUCCAUGGAAAGUGCCCAAAUUGACCGAUAAUAGUUUCAAGAUGUUUGCAUCUCGUCCAGACCCAAUUCCUCUCAGCGAAAUGCUCAAGAAAACCCCGGCAACUAUGGCUGAAGGCAGUUAUAACAGCGACUUGGCUGCUGCUGCUGCUGAAGCCGCCCAAAAUUCUCCAAAACCUGUUUCCAAAGACUCCGCUUCGCCAGCUGGAAACCCCCAUACUUCCACCGAAGCAGGACCUGGACGGCUUCUUCUUGCUUUGCCGGAAGACUGUCGGAAUUUGAUCGGUAGAAUGGUGGAAUUGGCACCGGCUUGUCGCAUAACCAUCGAAGAAUGUUUUAAAGACGAAUGGCUUGCUUCCGUUAACAUGUGUACUGUGGAAGAGCAGUUUCAUGCCGACGGAACCAAUACUUUCGAGGUGGUCAAGGCAGAUGAUCAUGACCACACCCAGGUGGACCAGGCCAAGGCACAUAUCAGUGCUUUCGAGAAGAAGAAAAGGUGA